AUGCAUGGAUGUUUACUUCGAAGAAGCGUUUGGCAAGCUACAUCGUCACUCAACGCUCUCAGCCAGUUCCACAGUGGAAGCAAUUGCCAGGCCAAACGUGCCAUCAGCAGUGUUUCGCACUCUGAAAAUGCAAACUUGGACGCCUUUAGGGACGCUGCCUUCAUUCCAGAGCUUCCACUAUUGAUCCGAGGAUCACAUACACUCACACCAGCAACAAAAUGGUUCACGCAUGAGCAAGGGGCAUCAGCUUCACUCGGUACACAUCUCACUCAUUUUCAUGACAUGCUUUUCCCGUACGAGCUUGUUCAAAGCACAGGUUCUCAUCGAAAAGAUCCCAUAUCGAGUUUUGCAGAUUGGCUUCGCCCUGAACAUCCUGACCUUGCGUUACAUCUGCUCAAUAAUGUUUUCUGCGACACACGCCCAUCAUCUACGUUGCAGGCCACUUUCCACCAGUUCCAUGCGCCGUUAGGUCUACUAGAGCAAGCCACUGUGUAUAAUACCACGGUCGACGACAAGCAUCGGGUCAAGCGUCUCUACAUAGCUCAAUCUCAACUCAACGAGCUUCCUCAGGCUCUGCAAGACGAUUUGUCUGUCCCGGCAAUCGUCAAAGGGGCUGGAAAGGGUGACGUUUAUGACUCGAGUAUCUGGCUAGGUUUAGAACCGACCUACACUCCUCUGCAUAGGGAUCCCAAUCCCAACCUAUUUGUUCAACUCCUAAGUAACAAGACCGUUCGGCUCUUGAAACCUUCUUUGGGCCAGCAGCUAUAUACACGCGUUCAGCAGCAGUUGGGCUUCCGAGGCAAUUCUCGAUUCAGGGGCGCAGAGAUGAUGUCAGGCCCCGAGCGAGCUGCACUCUAUGAUGCUAUAUGGGGUGUUGGCCAAUCUGGUGAUAUCCUAGAAGCUGUGCUCGAGCCUGGAGAUGCUCUAUUCAUUCCAAAGGGAUGGUGGCACAGCGUUCAAAGCAAUUUUGACGAUGGACGACUCAACGCUUCUGUCAACUGGUGGUUUAGGUGA